AUCGUCCAAUUCUAAACAAUUGUCCCCCCCUCCCCCUCACCCCCCCUCGCCCCCCUCCUUCUCUCUUUAAAGAAUCUCCUCCAAUCAAAACAAAUUCCGACUCUAAUUCUUCAACAGAGAAUCACCAAUAAACCAAACCCCUUUGAAAUAGAAGGGGGGGAUCAAAAAUGGUAUUAAUGAAUCAAUGUUCAGGUCAAAAAUAAGAAUACGAUUAUUUGAGGGUUUGCAUACUAGUAUGUGUCAUGCAGACCUCAAACAUAAUGGAACAAGAAGAUGUCAGCCCUAAAGUUUCAUUAAAAAAGAACGGAUCGUUUAUUUGUGUAGCAGCACCAUUCUUGUAUGAUAAGUUACCUGAGGAACCCCUUAAGCUUUCCAUCCUCAAGUUGGAUGGGUCUUCUUUUGAUAUUGAAGUGCCUAGAAAUGGUAGUGUUGAAGAUCUCAAACAGGCCGUGGUAGAGGCCUUCAGCCAUUGCAAGAUUUCGUGGUUACAUGUAUGGGGUCACUUUUGCCUAAGCUAUUGCGGAAAAAAUCUACUUUCAGAUGAUGAUUUGAUAGGAACCUAUGGGAUCAAGGAUGGCGAUGAGCUGAGUUUUGUAAGACAUGUAUCCAUUGGUUACAAUCCCAAAAAGACACAAUCAGAAAGGGAGGACCAUCAAUUUGAUGAACCCAGAGUAUCCAAUGACUGUGAUGACAAAGAGUUGAAAGGUGAAGAAGAGGAAAAUGAUAACCAAGUUGAUUUAGAGAAUGAUGAAGACAAUAUUUCUGAGGAUGAGAAUAAUGGGGUUCUCGGUAGUUGCCAAUACAAGUUAUUUCAUUUAUGUAAAGGAUUGUUCUCAUACCAGAAACUGGAAAAUUCAGAAAGGAGAGCAGAACAGAAGACUGAGUAAUGAAUGCAUUAAUAUUUCCCAUGGUUAAUUGAGGCUCAGAGUUUAAAUAAGUUGUUGUGAAGCUGCACAAUAUCAAGUAUGACUUCCAAAGAUUGGUGAAAAGUAGAACAAUAACCAAUACUUUUUGCAGUUCUAGGAUAUGAAUCAAGUUGAAUUUCUAUUGUAAUCAACUCUGAUCGGAUCUCUAGACUUGUAACUUUGCAAUAAUUAAUUCAAUGAGCCAAGUUGCUUUUGAAUA